CCGUCGUCGUCGCCCUGAACUGGGCUCCAAGCCAUUCCAUUCCUCCUCCCAAAUCGAUCGCCCGAGACUUCGGCUUCCUUACUCCUGCUAAUCUCGUCUCUUACCGAGAUUCCUCGCCUUCUUCGACUUCCUUUACAUCCCCACCUCCGCCUCCUACUGAGAUUUCACCUUUCUUCUUCUGCUACACCUCCAAAGUCCAAUCCACCGAUGCGCGUCGGCGGCCAAAUGAUCUCCGUUUACCCGGAAGAGCUCAGCUUCGAAGUUGAGUUGGAGAAGCCAUCGCCCUGCAAUAUCAAGGUCGUCAACAACACGGAGCAUCAUGUCGCCUUCAAGGUGAAAACGACGUCUCCUAAGAAGUAUUUUGUUCGACCUAAUGCAAGCGUGGUACAACCUUGGGACUCAUGUACCGUGACAGUCACCCUCCAAGCUCAGAAGGAGCUCCCUCCGGAUAUGCAAUGCAAGGAUAAAUUCCUCAUUCAGAGUGCUAAGGUUCCCCCGACUAACGAUAUCGAUGAAAUCCCUAAAGACACAUUCAAUAAAGAUGGUGAAAAGGUGAUAGAGGAACUCAAACUUAGGGUUGUUUAUAACCCCCCCUCGCAAAACGGAUAUGAAAAUUUGGAAGAAGAAUCUGGUCUUACUUCUUAUAAGAGCAGAGCAUCUAAUGUGUUGAAAAAUUCAAGUUCUGAUGAGGCAUUGCAACAGUUGAAGGAAGAACGUGAUUUUAUUGUUCAUCAAAAUCAUCAGUUCAAAAGGGAAUUGGAAAUGUUGAACAAACGCCGAAGUCGCAAAACUGAUGCUGGUUUUUCCAUGACGUUUGCUGCAUUUGCCGGCCUCGUCGGCAUAACAUUUGGGUUCAUCCUAAACCUUCUAUUCACUGCAUCACCAACUUCAUGAACUGUUACCAGACCUUGAGAGCUUAAUCAAGUUUGCUUAUAUCCACGACCACCUCACUCUUCUGUUUCAUUAACCAUGUCUUUUCUCCCUCGUUUGCUGCACUAAAAAAGGUGCGUUGAAAUUUCAUUAGUUUCGACAUUCUCCUGUUCAAUUCAGUGGCUUGUGUGUUUGAUCUAAACCCGUGGGAAAGAAGGAACCCUAGAAGAUCAUUGAUUUGUAUACAUUGUGAUUUUACUCCGUUCUUAGAAUGUGUAUCAUGUUUCUUGAUUUUGAUUAAGACUGUACUAUAACAUUCCAGAUUAUGUUUGAGGUAAAUGCAUUUAACUCAAAUGAUAACGCAUGAUCCAUUUGACAUUUAAAUAAACAAUAAUCUCAGCCAAAACAAAAUUAUAAUCCACAUUAUUUAUCAUGCAAACUGUAAAUUAAUUUGACUAGCACGAUAUUGGCAAUCCAUGGCAGUUAAUUUAAAAUAAAACUAGAAAACCGUUUCUUAGCUUUCUCGGUUGGACUUUAAAGAACCUGAUUUAACCAAACCAUGUAUCAUAGAUUCACCAAACAUUAAAUAGCACUGAAGAUGAUAAUGCAGUUCGUGGAGAUCCACAACUACAGUCAUAAAGCACAACAUGAAAUCUCAAAUGACCAAGACACUAGGGUUCUUAGG